AUGGAUCUGGACAGACAACGAGUUUCACGGACAGCCUGGAUUCGAGUGCUUGAAAAAGCGACCGAAACUCACAAAGAAGGCUAUUGCGACUACAUUUACGACACAUUCCACUGCAUCCACCCGAUCCCCGCCGGAGAAACCCUCUACUACCAAUGUUCCUACGCCGACACGGCAAUUUGCAACGACCCGCCCACUUUGACCCUUCCCGCUGCAAACAGCUCCUUUUGUCGAGGAACGGCGGCUGACAACAGCCCGAUUCAGUAUUAUGCUUCGCGGAAGUGCUACGAAAACGCAACAUGGGAACCGAAGGCUUACGAUGCACUUUGCGACUUGAUGGAGACCGAUCCGACGAUAUUCCGAAAUUCGACCUCGGAACUUGAUCGUCACCAGACUCUCGAUAAGAUUUACUAUCACUGUAGUAUUUGGCCACCACUUCUGUCAGUUAUCUGCUUGAUCGUAGCGUGUUUCCUCUUCAACGUCAAGACACUGCGCUGCACGAGAAUCUUCAUCCACCAAAAUCUCAUCAUUGCCUGGAUUUUCAAGUACUCCCUCUCCAUCAUUGUCUUUCUCAUUGGCCGAGGCAUCACUGCUGGAAUCGAAGAAACUGCUGCAGGAGACGCAAGUGGCUCCUCACAAAUGUAUGUUCAGGAAGACUCACAGCAGUAUUUACCAGUUUAUACUACCGGUAAUGGAAGCUACUCUUACGACUACGCUGCUGAUUAUUACGCUUCAUCCGGAAAUGGCUAUGGACCACCAAUUUCUAGCGAAAAGUCCAGAAGCCCUUGGAAUGAUCCUCAAGUCGAAGCUUCGCUGAACAUCAUCCACCAGUACUUCUACCUCGUCGGCUCAGUUUGGUUCUUCAUCGAAGCGAUUUUCCUCCAGUACCAAAUCGCCAUGAACGUCUUCAACCCAAGCUCAACUCUCAAGAUGAAAGUUCUUGUCGCCGUCGCCUGGGGAGUUCCGAUUGUGAUGCUGGUUCCGUGGAUUGUUCUGACCCACAGAAGACUCGCCAUCUCGCAUUUUGAAAAUCGAGAGCAGUUUUUCAAUACAACAUUGGCGGUGGUAAACUACAACGAGUUCAUUCAGUCGGCCAAAUCGUGGAGAAACGUAAACGACUUUGACGAGAUUUUCGUCAUUUCGGCCCUACAGCUCGCCAUGCUCAUCAUUAGUUUUUUCAUUCUUCUCAAUAUCGUUCGAAUCAUAAUGACGAAAGUGCGCGUCACAGCUGGAAACGACUUCGAAGUAUUCAAAAAAUCCGUCAAGGCGACCUGCUCUCUUCUGCCACUGUUUGGGCUUUCGGUGAUCAUUGGGUUGUAUCACAAACCGCAGAGUAGUGAGUCCUUGUUCCCGACGUUCCUCAUUCUUCUUCAAAACUUACAGGGCGUAUUUAUCGCGACAAUCUACUGUUUCAUGAACAAAGACGUGCAGCGAAUGGUCAAGUCGCGCUUCACCCGCGUGGUGCAGCGCCAUUCCAGCGCCUUCUACUCCCAGGGAACGCAGCACUCCCAGCUCAGCGUCUCAGAGCAACUUUCGCAGCGAUGGUCAAAAGUAGUGGCUCGGAUCUCUUCAAAUGGCUCCGGACGGCCGACAUCGUCGCUGCUGGAGGCGAGUGAAACGGGAAUGACCCCGGCGAAUCAAACGAGUAGUGGCCUUAGCUCAUCCCUGCACCAGCGGCCCGCAGGAUCGACUCUUACUUCUAUUUAA